GUGCUCCGCCCGCCAUUACCUGCGCAUCUCGCCUCCACCAAUCACACACAAGCCACAAUGGCAUCGAAACGGGCGACUCGAAGUCUGCUCUCCUCAGCUGCGCCGUCGCUGCGGUGCUUGUACGCCUCCAGACCUACGCUCGUGCGGACCUCCGCAUGCGCCUUCUCGACCACCACCCCAUCACGAGCACCUGAGUACGACACCGAAGCAGCAGACCGGCCACGAUGGCAGCAGACACCGCCUCGCAUGCAAGCCCCCUUCAGGAUACGACCGGCAGCAAAAGGAGGCGUGUUCAAGGUCAAUGAGGAUCCUAAGAGAUUAGACGAUGCGUACGUACGGAUGCUGGGGCCCGGUGGUGAUAAGGUGCUGGAUGAUGAGGUCAAAUGGCUGGCUGUCACACACAAGAGCUUCGACCACGGAAGGCGGGGGUUCAAUGACAGACUCGCAUACCUGGGACGAAGGAUAGUCGAGCUUCAGACAUCGCAGGCCUUGAUCAACUCCCCGCAAGCCAAAUCCUGGCCCCGAGAUGCUUCAGGCGAGCCUAAGGUCGACAACUACGGCCGCAGGCCCUUUUUCCAUCCCGCGCUGAACGGCCUCGAGGGUCUGACCAACGAGGCAGAACAGACAGUCCUGGACAAGACACGGUUAGCGCAAAUCGCAGAACGUUACGGUCUGGACAAGGUCACACGGUGGACACCAAAGCGAGCGGACAACCUGCAAGGGUCCGGUCAGGAGUCUGUCCUCAUGACUUCGCUGUACGCCAUUGUCGGCGCUGUUGCCAUGGAGCGUGGUGGUGAGGAAGCCAACAAGGUUGUGCAGAACAAGAUCCUGACACCGCUGGGCUUCACCUUCAGUGUUGAGGCGUAGUGCGGGGAAGCUAUACUUUGUACAAUAAUUGUAUCUGGCAUCAUGGGCGAGGGCUUUGCGCACUUGAUAGCGACUGCAUUGGGACUUGGAGCUGCAUAUAUCAACCGGAC